AAGUGAAUUUUAAAAAUGACUCGAUUAUAUCCGAUAAAACACGAUGUCGCCCGAAUCAAUACGCCACAUGGACUUUGGGUCAUGCGCAAAACGGAUUUUUGGUCGGCAUGUUGGGCUAUAAGAGAGGGAAUUGCAGUUCAGUCAGCUGUUGUGCUAUGGAUUGCGUACGAUUACGCGUCCAUAUAUGAAAAGUUCGCGAAAAUGACCGCGUUAUCGCUCGUUUUCUCGUCACGAUCGUGUACGUUAAUCGUUUUACUGUCGUUGUGCGUUAUCAGUGACACCCAACUAGUCAUCAACGUUCGUAACCAGGGUGGGGACGUCGUUCAAGAGACCAUAGCGGCUAACGUUAGCUUCGACACCGUCAGUCUUGAAUUUCAAAGAUCCGAUGGCACCCUCGUAACGCAACUUAUCGAUUUUAGAAACGAAGUUCAAAUUUUAAAAGCUCUCGUCCUUGGAGAGGAAGAACGAGGACAAAGCCAAUACCAGGUGAUGUGCUUCAUUUUCCACACGCCGCGUGAUGCUUUUAUCCCUUCGGACGCAAUGUCAAAAUUAAGACAGAAAAAUCCUGGAACGAUUCGUGUCCCUGAAGACGACAAAGGAAGAACAAAUUACAGUAUGGAUUAUACGGUUAUUUUGAAGCGAUCUACGGUUAUUUCUCCUCAUAUAGCUGAAAUGUGUGCUGAAGCCCCUGAAAGUAGUUACACAAGACAUGAAGAUAUUAAAACUUGGUCAAGUAUACAAGGCGUACCAGAGUCUGUAUACAUCACAGCACUCAAAAAAUUUCCAACUUUAAGUAGUACACCGGAAGACAAAGAGAACCACCAACAACUACAAAGUUGUACGGAUUUAAAAAAUGUUUGGUCACCGUGUCAGUGUCACUUAGAACUUUGCGUCGGUUGGUAUCCGUGUGGACUGAAAUAUUGUAAGGGAAAAGGUGAAAAUAAAGGUCCGAUGACGUACCGUUGUGGUAUAAAAACCUGCCGGAAGUGUAGUUUGUUUUCUUAUUACGUCCCCCAGAAGCAACUGUGUUUAUGGGAUGAAUGACCAACGUAAAAAAGCUUCGUUAAUUUUUUUUUCGACGCCUUAUUGUCUCUCUGGGUUGAAAGGUUGUUCCAUUAAUGUUUGGGUACGAAUAUAUAAAAAUAUUUCCAUACCUCUUACCUCCAUCUAUCACUAAUCCUAGCAAUUUAUUGUAUUUUAUAGUAUCAGACUGCUAAUUGUGAUACUUUGGUUGUUACUUCCUAUUAGAUUUGUUUUAAAGGUUGUGUACCUGAGAAUUUUAAAGCUUAAAUAAAAGGUGCUGAAAAAGAAAAUACGAUCAAUAAGACAGAAAGUUGACGUUAGUAUUUAUUAGAAUUAGAUUCGGCUAAUAAAAAAUAUAACUACUUAAUAGUUAGUUAAAAUAAAGCAAUAUUAAUACCUAUAUAAUUCAGUCAAAAACAUCGAAAAAAUUUACUUCCGGUUUGCAUUAAUGGAACAAUCGCGCGCGUUUAUUUUAUAAAACGGACCAACUUGCCUUAGAUUUAAAACGUUUUCUUUCUUCCUUAAUUAAUCUUUCGCAUUGUCGUGUAACAAAAUAACUAUUAAAUUUCAAUAAGUGAAAUAAAAUUGUGAAGUAAGACGCGUACUAUAAGUACUCAAAGUCAUACUAAAAACUCAUAUUUAAGAAUAAAAAUUGUAUAAGCGGUAA